CAAACGCUCGCACGUUCAUUCAUCACGAGUUUUCGCUGCGUGCUUUGAGUUGCAGGGAAAGAAUUGCACGGGGUGUGAUAUUUGUUCCGUUAGGUCAAAUUUAGGCAUUUGUUUCCUGUUCCGCCCGAUCAUUCGGCCACGGUGGUGAAUAGUAUUGCCAGGGACUUAGUUUCUAGUUUGUGAAUUUGAAUAGUGGCGAAGUGAAAAAAUAAACAGCUACCAAGAUGAUGUCCUUACCGGGAAGUAUCGCUUUCGAUGAGUACGGGAGACCUUUCAUUAUUCUCCGGGACCAGGAGAAUCAGAUGCGGUUGACCGGCAAUGAAGCUAUUAAGAGUCAUAUUCUAGCGGCGAAGCAAAUAGCUGCAACUAUUCGAACCUCGCUCGGCCCGAAGGGCCUGGAUAAGAUGAUGGUCAGUGGAGAUGGAGAAGUUACUGUUACUAACGAUGGUGCCACUAUUCUAAAACUGAUGGAUGUGGACCACGAAAUUGCUAAAUUAAUGGUCCAACUGAGUCAGUCACAGGACGACGAGAUUGGUGACGGAACGACCGGCGUCGUAGUGCUUGCCGGUGCUCUACUGGAACAAGCGGAGUCGCUUUUGGAUCGUGGAAUCCAUCCGAUUCGAAUUGCCGACGGUUUUGAAUUGGCCGCCCAGUGCGCUAGUAAGCACUUGGAUUCGAUUGCCGAGCCUUUUCCCAUUUCACGAGACAACAAGGAGCCGUUAAUCGAGGUGGCGAUGACGACUCUGGGCAGCAAAAUCGUUAACAAAUGUCACCGACAAAUGGCGGAAAUUGCGGUUGACGCUGUACUUACUGUGGCCGAUCUCGACAAGAAGGACGUCAACUUUGAAUUGAUUAAGCUGGAGUGCAAGGUCGGCGGACGCAUGGAGGACACUUGUCUGGUGAAAGGAGUGGUGGUUGAUAAGACCAUGUCCCACUCGCAAAUGCCUAAAACUUUGCGGGAUGUGAAGCUGGCCAUUCUGACCUGCCCGUUCGAACCACCGAAGCCGAAGACCAAGCAUAAGCUGGAUGUCACCUCGGCCGAAGACUACCGAAAGUUGCGCGAAUAUGAGCAGGAAAAAUUCUUGCAGAUGGUCAAGCAAGUAAAGGAUGCCGGCGCUACACUGGCCAUUUGCCAGUGGGGUUUCGACGAUGAGGCAAAUCAUCUUUUGCUUCAGCAGGAACUGCCGGCAGUCCGCUGGGUUGGUGGUCCGGAGAUCGAAUUGAUUGCGAUCGCCACUGGCGGCAGAAUUGUGCCGCGUUUUGAGGAGCUGACGCCCGACAAGUUGGGCCAUGCUGGCCUGGUCCGGGAGCUAAGUUUCGGAACGACCAAGGACAAAAUGUUGGUGAUCGAGGAGUGUCUGAACACCCGCGCCGUUACAAUUCUGAUUCGCGGUGGUAACCAGAUGGUUACCGCGGAAGCAAAACGUUCCAUCCACGAUGCACUCUGCGUUGUGCGUUCACUGAUUCAGGACUCGCGUAUUGUCUAUGGUGGUGGAGCCGCUGAGAUCAGCUGCUCACUGGCUGUGGCCCGUGAAGCCGAUCAGCUAUCUACAUUGGAACAGUAUGCGUUCCGCUCGUUCAGCGUUGCUCUAGAAUCGAUUCCGCUGGCGCUAGCCGAGAACAGUGGCUUGCUGUCGAUCGAAACACUAUCUGAAUUGAAAUCACGCCAGGUUGCGGAGAACUCGGCCACUUUGGGCGUAGAUUGCAUGCUGACCGGCAAUUCUGACAUGAAGGAACAUCACGUCAUCGAAUCGCUGCACUCGAAAAAGCAGCAGAUCAUUCUAGCCACACAGCUGGUUAAGAUGAUCUUGAAGAUCGACGACGUUAGAACACCAGCCGAUAAAAACGGUAUAUAAGGAGCCUUCCGUCUACAGUCGCUUAAAUAUGAGAAACUUCUUUUUUCUGCUAUCAAUUUAAGCAGUAUACUUUUGGCACGUUCAUUCUACUCAUUUUCACAUAACUCACUCAGCGAGAAAUAAUAAACACAAUACUUACAAAAAA